AUGGCGAGUGCAUACGCUGAUCCAGACACCCCUACUGGGACGGGCAGCGGGUUUGGAAAGAGUGUUUUGAUAGUCACGGGUGUCAGCGCUCUGAUUGCAUGCCUGCUCACGAUCGGUGUCAUCCUCCUGCAGGCAAAGAACUAUCGAAAACCCCUGCUACAACGCCAUGUCAUUCGAAUCCUGGUUCUCGUGCCUCUCUUCUCGGUUGCUUCAUGGGCUUCUCUCACCUCACUUCAGGUGGCUUUCUGGAUCGAUCCCUUUCGUGAUGUCUACGAAGCCUUCACCAUCUAUACUUUCUUCAACCUCUUGAUCAACUUCCUUGGCGGUGAGCGAAGUCUUAUACUCAUGAUGAUGGGUCGCCCACCUGUGCCACACUUGUGGCCGUUGAACCAUGUAUUUGCCAAAGUCGACAUCAGCGAUCCACACACAUUUCUUCAGAUCAAGAGGGGGAUUCUACAAUACAUUUAUGUAAAGCCUUUGUUGGCGGUGGCGACCGUGGUCUGCAAGGCGACUGGCACAUGGAAAGAAGGUACACUCGCACUCGAUUCGGGAUAUGCCUGGAGUGGACUCAUCUACAACGUCAGCAUCUUCUGGUCUCUGUAUGACCUGGCUCUGUUCUGGGUAUGCAUGUCGGCCGAUCUGCAACCUUUCCGACCCAUGCCCAAGUUUCUCUGCAUCAAAGGCAUCAUCUUUGCAUCCUGGUGGCAGGGAUUCUUCCUAUCCAUCUUAGUCUGGCUUGGAGCCAUCACAGGCAUAGCCGGCACAGACUAUGACGCAGAUAGCCUCGCCGCCGCGAUACAGGAUGCGCUGAUUUGCAUUGAAAUGCCGUUCUUUGCCGUAGCACAGUGGUACGCCUUCAAGUGGCAGGACUAUGCGGACAAGACCAUAAGCGAUGCUCGCAUGCCCAUUCGUUUUGCCCUACGAGACGCGUUCGGACCUCGAGACCUCAUCGAAGACGCCAAGGAAACCAUGAGUGGGAAGAAAUAUGACUACCGCUAUUUUGAUGCCGAAGAUAACGUUAUUGGACACGAAGAGUCAAGGAGUAGGGAAGCACGCAUGAGGGAAGGAAUGCGGUAUGAAAGAGGCGGACGAGGCAAAUACUGGGUCCCUGCUGCGGGCCAUGCGGACAGCAAACAGCCCCUGCUCAGCCGAUUAGUAGGAAAUAGCCAUGCAAGGACAAUGAGCCCAGGAGGUGGACAUAAUCAUCGAUCCUCCAGCCAGCACAGCAAGGACUACGGGACAAGUGAUGAGCCAGAGGAGACUGUUCUCGACCCGGAAGAGGAGAGGCUGUAUACCAAUGCUCGCGCUCUUGAGUUUGGCGACUGGAACUAUCCUGUGAUCAACACCCAUUUCGCAUCUCGCGAGGACCGGCUCUACGCGGACCCGAACAUAGUAUCGCAAUCCACGAACCGAGUGAUUCUGCAGUCCUCGCGAGAAAACCGACAGAGACGUAAGAGUAGGAUAGAGUCAAUCCGCGACAGCGUUCAUCAACACGGCAGACCAGAAGCUUCGAAAAAGCGCGACGAACGCGGCAGCGACUCGAGCCAUGGUGGGAUUGCCUCGAAGGGAAAGGAGAAGCUCAAGUCAGUCCCUGUCGUCGGCAGCUUGCUCCGACACGAUUCUUCGGAUUCCGCCAAAUCGGACAGUUCACAGCUCGUUGACCUGAUCGUCGAAGAUCGGCAAGCGGAGGCGAUCGAGCGUGUCCGAGCCCGCAAAGAAGGCGGGCCCGGCUGGAACCGGAUUAAGCAGCAACAUUUUGUCCAUACGUUCCCGGACGAGUCCGCAUCGGAGGAGGUCCGCGCAGGUUUCAACCCGGAUCGGGUCGAGCAAAAGGUCACAGAUGGCUCGCAUACGCUCGACGAUCCAUUCGAGAUCGGCGAUGGCGAUGAAGUCUCCAAGGCCGUCGGAGAUCUGGAGGGUGAAGACGAAGUAGACGCACACCAGCCUUGGGACAAGAAAGAGUAUCCGGGCAAGGGGAAAGGCAAUGUUCAGGACGACGACACCGCCACAAGUCCUCUCUUCGAAGAGGAAAGGAACGCGUGGGGUGACGAACGAUGA